GUAAUCGCAGUCAGAUGCAUUUACAAAAGAGAUAAGAGUGAGUAUCCCGUAAGAAGAGGAAGUGGUGAUGGUCGCGGAAUGGAGCAUCAGCGGAAUGAGGAGGAGGAGGAGGAGGAGGAGGAGGAGGAGGAAGAGCAGGAGGAGAAAGAGGAGGAAGAGGAGGGGGAAGCGGAGGAAGAGCACGUGGAAGAAGAAGACGAGGACAAGAUGGUGGGGAAAAAGAGGAGGAGGAAGAGGAGCCGAGGUGGAAGAGAAGGAGGAGGUGGGGGAGGGGGAGGAGGAGGAGGAGGAGGCUGUAGAGGAAGAGGCGGAAGAGGAGGAGGCGGAGAAGGGGGGGAAGAGGAGGAAGAGGAGGAGCAUGAAGUGGGAGAGGCGAGUGACGAAGAGGAGGAAGGCGAGGAGAAAGACGAGGAAGAGGAGGAGGAGGAGGUGAUGGAGGAGAAAGAGGAGGCGGCGGAAAGUAGGAGAAGCGAAGAUUGUGAUGGUCACUGGCUAUACAUAACCAUCGGGUUUGCGGUGAUGGGAGGAGGAGGAGGACACGUGGCCGUCGCGAUCGCGACAACCGAUCUCGGGAGGAGGAGGACACGUGGCCGAUAUAGCGGAAAAAUAAGAAGAACAAGAUGAGCAAAUGCCGAUAUCCGAUCUGUGGGAGGAGGAGGACACGUGGCCGUCGCGAUCGCGACAACCUG